AUGUCGAGUAUGGAGACUCUACUCCCAAAAGAGGAAGCCCAAUGGAUCUCGGGUCGUGGCUCCGUUCAUUCGUCUGCCGUCUCGAAGCCGAUCGAUAGCCUCGAUCGCUGUUAUCGUACCAAAUCCUCGGGGCUUCCUGAGACACGAUCGCGAGCUUAUGACCGCCGUGCGGAGGGUUCUCCCCUGGAGCGUGGAGCUGUGACAAAUACUCGCCUCCCAGCCUUUGUUGCUCCUCCCGUGGUGUUUAGGCAAUGA